GCCUUCCGGGAAGGGGGCGCGCGGGAGAGGAAGGUCACGACUAGGGACUCUUGUCCCUUGCUGCUCAGGAAAUGUCCUCACUUUCAGAAUAUGCCUUGCGCAUGAGUCGGCUGAGUGCCCGGCUAUUUGGUGAAGUGGCCAGGCCUACUGAUUCCAAAUCCAUGAAGGUGGUGAAACUGUUUAGUGAGCAGCCUUUGGCCAAGAGGAAGGAGACGUAUGACUGGUAUCCAAAUCACAACACUUACUUUGCGCUCAUGGGGACGCUACGUUUUCUUGGCCUCUACAGGGAUGAGCAUCAGGAUUUUAAGGAUGAGCAGAUGCGUCUAAAGAAGCUUCGUGGAAAGGGGAAACCAAGGAAGGGAGAAGGGAAAAGAGCAGCAAAAAAGAAAUAGUGUUGGUCCAUCAGGAGAGAAAACUUCUUCCUCAGCAACUGAGCGCAGAAGAAAGUGUAUUUACUAUCUUUCCCAUAUUGGAGGAGUAUAAGCUUCCUAAAUUGAAGAUUAUUUGGAGGAACACAGUCAUCUCCGUGUUGAAGUCUAAUCCAAUUGACUUGUGCCUGGUUUCUUGGACACAUUCUAAUUCUGCACAAUUAUUUUGGCCUUGGUUUUGUAAUCUGAGGUUUGCCUCAUUCCCUAAAGAAACAAAUGCAUGAAUUACUGUUGAAUGACGUGUCUGGGGUGGGAAUGGGAUGUUGGGGAGUGGAGGGGAAACUCACCGACUGAGCAUCCCGUAGUCUCCUCAUUGCUCCCUUCUUGCUUCCUCAUUUAACCAGCCUUAAACUCUUUCAUCUCUGCCGUUCAGCCACUGCCUCCACCACUGUGCUCACAAACUUUAUGUGCCUUCCACCUACUCCUUUGAGAAUAUCUAAGGUAUAUUUGUGAGAUAAAAGGCUGUACCUGAUAAGAGAAUAUUGAGUACCUGCUGUAUACAAGGUAGUGGGGCCCUGUAACACAGUGGUUGUUAGCAAGAGAAACAGUCCCUACCUCGUGGGACUUUUAAUCCUGGGGGAGAGACUAAUAUUACAUAAUUACAUAAAUACAGACUUCUGUGAGAGUGUCGAUGGAUUGAUCCAGAGAGACAGCAAGAGGCCCAACCUCGUUAGGGAGUUUAAAGAAGGCCUCCCUAACGAGAUGAUAUUUAAGCUGAGGUCUGAAGAAUAAAUUCGAGUUGGGCAGAAGAAAAAUGGUGGGAAAAGUGUUUGAGGCAUAGAGAACACCAUUUGCAAAGGCCUAAGGUAAGAAGAAAUUGUCUUGUUCCAGGAAUUGAAAAAAGACCACUGACUAGUAAGAGUUGACCAUAUGAAAUAGACAGAGGCUAGACCAUGAAGGGCUUUGCAAAUUCUGUGAAAAGGCUUGGACUCAACCAGCCUAACCAGAGAUCAGAGUGUGUAAGAUGUUAUCUAUGAGAGAUGACUGUUGUGUACAUUUGGGUAGCUAGCUGCUCAUUUUGUUGUAUUCUAGCAGUGAGUUUCCAAUGAGGAUGUGAGGGCUUCUCUGAUUUUCUUUUCCAAGAGUUGUUCUAAGAUUUCUAGCACUGGUAAAUUUUUAAGUACUUUUUCUUCUCUUUUUUAUUGUGGUAAAAAAUAUAAAAUUACUGUUUUAACCAUUUUUUUUUCUUUUUGGUGAGGAAGAUUAGCCCUGAACUAACAUCUAUUGCCAAUCCUGCUCUUUUUGCUGAGGAAGAUUGGCCCUGGGCUAACAUCCGUGCCCAUCUUCCUCUACUUUAUAUGGGACGCCACCACAGCAUGGCUUGAUAAGCGGUGCGUCAGUCUGUGCCUGGGAUCCGAACCUGCGAACCCUGGGCCGCCGAAGUGGAGUGCACAAUCUUAACCACUACACUACUGGGCCGGCCCCCCAUCUUAACCACUUCUAAGUGUACAGUAGAGUAGUGUUAACUAUAUGCACAUUGUUAUGCUAAAGUACUUUUUAACACCUGUCUCUGCCUCUCGGGAAAAGAGCAAAGUGCAUAGGCAAGAGUAGGUAUAGCAGCUACUCCAGCUACAGUUUUCUUUCCCUGCAACAUUAGAAUUAUUGGCAAUAACUGCCCUGUGAAUAAUUCCUGAACUAGUAGGAAUCACACUACAUAUGUUUAGAUAAAUGAUAUUUUUAAAGAUACCUAAUCCAGAUGGUAUGGCUAGGGCCUAUAUUACAGUUGAUAAAAAUAAAAAUGACCCAAAGUUGGGUGA